AUGUCAGCCAACAUCCGUACUGCUCUCUCCGGCAUCAACAUGCCGAUGAUGGUCGCGGGUCUCUCUGGCGGCCUCGGUGUGACGCUCGGUGCCCUCGGCUCGCACGCGUUUCUCGAGCUUAUGGACACGAACCAGUUUAAGUUGUACAACAUAGCGAACCAGUACCACCUCGUCCACUCCAUAGCGAUGCUCUUUGUGGCGGCGAUAGCGCCCCGCGUCGAAGAGCCGGCCGCUACCCACUUCCGUCGCGCCUAUGCCCUCUUCGCCUGUGGCACAGUAGUGAUGGCGAGCUCGCGCUACAUCUACAGUACAGUACACAAGCCGGACUUCCUGAGCAAGCUCCCGAUACUGGGUGGUGCGAUGCUCGCGGCCGGAUGGGUGUGCGUCGCUCUUGGCGGCUCCGUCACGAAGCACUAG